AUGACAGCUUUCGAAGAAUUUGGAAUUAUUCCAGAACUUUCUGAAGCGAUUAGCUCGUUGAAUUGGACAUUACCAACUGCCGUCCAGUCUGAAGCGAUUCCGGCGAUUCUGGGAGGCGCUGACGCGUUGAUUGCAGCUGAAACGGGAUCCGGAAAAACGGGUGCCUUCUGUCUCCCAAUCGCCCAAAUCGUAUGGGAACGUCGUAAAUCUCCAGAAUCCUCCUCGACGACGUCAUCUGAUUCAUCUGAAUCCCAACACGUUCAUCUUCUGAAUCGUGAAGAUCGUGACGCGAGUCUACAAAUCGAUAAAUCCGGGCUGAAUUGUGACGCCCGUGUCGGCAAAGAAUGGCACGGCGCCCGUGGAAAAGCUGGAAUUCAUGGGGGCGGAGCCUAUUAUUAUGAGGUUACAAUCACACGAGAUGGACUGUGCAGAGUGGGAUGGGCGACGAUGGCGGGAAGUCUGAAAAUUGGCACAGAUUUCGAGAGUUUCGGUUACGGUGGAACCGGCAAGAAAUCGUACGGAAAAAAGUUCGACGACUACGGUAAAUCGUUCACAACGAACGACGUGUUGGGCUGUUUUCUCGAUUUGGACAAUCUGAAAAUCUGGUGGUCAAAAAAUGGGGAACAAUUUCCGAUGGCUUAUUCAAUCGAUCGAAAAUUCAAAUCCCCGGCGACUUGUCUUUUUCCGGCGGUUUUAUGCCAAAAUUCGGGUCUCGCAGUGAACUUUGGCUCCGCCCCUUUUAAGUAUCCGCCCACCGACGGGCGUACUGUAGGUGUGGCCGCCGCGCCGGCGGGAAAUUUGAAAUGGUGGAGUGCCGAGGAGAAGCAAAGUGUCGAUUCGACGACUCCGCUGUGUAUUAUUCUGGAACCGACGAGAGAAUUGGUUCAGCAGACUUUUCAGAAUAUUCAAACGUUCGCCGGCGUGUUGAAUGAACCCAAAAUUAGAUGCGUCACCCUGGCAGCCGGUGAGAAUAUGAAUCAAAUCCUUCGAACCCUCGAAACGGGAUGUGAUAUCAUCGUCGGAACGCCGUCUCGAAUCGUCGAUUUGAUUCAAACUGGGAAAUUGGCGACGAAAUCGCUUCAAUUCAUUGUAAUUGAUGAGGUUGAUCAGUUUUUGGCUGAUAAGAAUGGAGGCGCCCGUCAGAUUGAUACGUUAUUCAGAGCUCUGCCUCUGGUGGCACAGGAUGGCACCAGGAGACAGGUAAUCGCGUGCUCCGCCACUCUGCACAAUUACGAAGUCGCUCGAUUCGCGGAUCGUCACAUGACAUUCCCCCAAUGGAUUGAUCUGAAAGGGACGGAUUGUGUGUCUUCAGACGUUCAUCACGUCGUCUGUCACGUCGACGCAUCUGAAGACAAACAAUGGAUUCGGGCGAAAUACGCGCCGAUUCAUUUAGAAGAUGAUCACGUCCAUGAUGGAGAUCAAAUACGGGCGGGAACAAAUGACAGGGAUACGAUAUCGCUGGGAACAAAGAUCUUGAAAGGGAUCUAUGUUGUGAAGGCGAUUCAGGCACUUCACAUGGAUAAGGCUAUCAUUUUCUGUCGAACGAAACAGCAAUGUGAUCAUAUGGAACAUUUCCUGAGACAGAAUAAUUUCACGGCGGCGUGUCUUCAUGGUGAUCGUAGUGCCGAAGAGCGUCAAAGUUCACUCGAAGGAUUCAAAAAAGGAGAAAUGAGAUUCUUGGUGUGUACAGAUGUGGUCGCACGUGGAUUAGACGUACAAGGAGUGCCUUUUGUAAUCAAUGUGACACUUCCCGACGAUAAAUCAAUGUACGUCCACCGUAUCGGACGUGUCGGACGUGCCGAACGAAUGGGAUUAUCGAUUAGUUUGGUGUCGACAAACGAAGAGAAAGUAUGGUAUCAUAAAUGUCGGACGAGAGGUGUCGGUUGUCAGAAUACGAAAGAUAUCGGAAAAGGCGGAUGCACCAUUUGGUUUGAUGAGAAAAAGAUGCUCGGUGAAAUCGAAGAGCACCUCGGCUCCACAAUCUCCACAGUCGACUCGGAUUUUGCCGUUCCAAUCGAUGAAUUCGACGGAAAAGUGAUCUACGGAGAGAAAAGGUCCGGUGGAGCGAACUUUGCCACUCACGUACUCUCACUCGCCUCAUCGGCGUCGCAGCUGGCGGAUUUGGAGACGAAAAUGCAAUUGGAAUAUUUGAGAAAUAAUCGACACGUUUUUAUGGCUUUUAAUGCAUUGUAG